AUUUACCCUUGACUGACAUGGUGUACCCUAUUACGCCAGGAAGCAUAAAGUGUAUAAGCUCGCGACCUUAAUAUAGGCUUCCUUGUCAUUACCGCUUUGAAAAUUUGUAAAAUAGAUCAUACAGACUAGUGAAUUUGAUCGAUUUUGAAGUGAAAGUUAACCCUGUAUUAACGGGGUGUCCGUAUUAAGGGAAUUGAAUUUAGAGAAAAUGUAAAGGCUUUGUUUCCCCAGGGACAAAGAAAAUCGUACGUAAUAAUUAGGAGGGCCAUUAUGAAAACUACUGGGUGACCAGUAAUCAAUGUCUUUACCCUCGUUAAAUAAAGUUAUUACUUAACUUACUUACUUACUUAAUAAUAUGAGUAAUCCAUACGAAACAGCACUGUCGCAAUAAACGACCGAUGAUUACUCCUGAAGCCUGAACUCCUGUUAUCAUUAAUAAUGAGUUAACAGUAUUAUGAGGGUGCCCGUAAUGCAAGUUUUGACUGUACUAAGGAAUAACUUUAACGUUAAAUGGAAUUGAAAGGUCAUCACCAUGUACGCCACCAUAAAAUUGCUGAAUUUGGCUAUAAGGGAGUAAGUAAAUGCCUCCGUCAGAUGCCUUUGCAGAGCCACCUGAAUACCACACUGCUGAUCACGAAUAUUCUAAAAAUGCUUUUAAUUCAUGGGGCGGGAGUGGUACGGGGGGUGGAGUGGUACGCGGAUGGAGUGGUACGAGAGGACUGAGAGAAAAAGGAGAGGUAUAAGAGCUUUAAAAGGUCUAAAUCGAGACAAGAAUCACAAGACGGCCGCUGUGCAAAAGAGCUGCUGCAGAAGAAUCAUUAAAACGAAGUCAAUAGAUAUCGCAGAGAACGUGAAUGAAAAUUUAGAUAACGUUUUCUUGUGGCCGAGAUGAGUCUCAAUGUGUUGGAAAUGUGCAGUACGUAUACUAACCGGUAUGCGUGUUGCUGAGUUUCACUUCCUCACCCGAGGCCUUCGCCCUGAACAUGCUGAAUACACUCAGAUGCCGACUGCGCAGGCUAACGUUUAAUUUACAAUUCUUUCAUCUUUUUUUUUUUAAAUUAUUUUGUGAUUUUGAUUACUGGUCACUUAAAGAGGGUGACUACCAUUGUUCCUGUGAUCUGUCCUCUACAGGAAAUGAGAAAAACACGCUUUUGAUCUAUUUUAAAUCCAAGCUAGAAACCUUUUUGAAAGACCUUAACAAGUUCUAACUAGUUUAAAAAUUCCUUACUUCGAUUUUGAGAUUUUUGAGCCAAUUCUUAUUUUACUUUUUGGUAAUUAAAUAAUAAAUGUACUUAACUAAUGUGGGCCCAACUGAAAACCUCCAUGGUGAGUUGCUCUUAUUAUUAGUAAAGGAGUUUCAAUUGCACGAGUGGUUGGUCAUAAUAAAAUAUAUUAAUAUGAUAAUAUUAAUAUAUUAACCGCUCACACUCCUUAUAAUUUUUGCCAAGAGAACAUGUUUUUCUCAAUCAUGUUUGUGCUUGUAUUGGAUAGACAGAGCCACCAGUGACGUUAACGAAGGCUUAUUGUAUGUAGCCUGUUCCAGGCGUUCAGGUAGGUGGAGAGCGGGAGAAAAUUAACUCGCUCCCCACUUACCGCUGCGCUCUACUAUCUAAACGCCUGGAAUAGACUAUAUUGUAUGUUGCAUAAACUCCUGUUUAAGAUUAACUAACAAUUUGUUUCAGAUUUGGAAAUGUUGUUGACAGAAGUGACCGAUGCGUUCUUAAUCAAACUUCUACGAGCGGUUUCUAAAGAGGUACGUCAAAAAACCGACAAACAUGUAAUCAGUAACAAGAUUGACGUCUUUCCCAUUCAUUUUCACAUAAAUUAUUUAUCUUGUAAUUCUAGCGACUAUUUUUUAGCUUUCUUACUCUCUUUGUAUUAACCAUUGUGUCAUUGUAAUUUCUAGAUUUACUAUUGUUCUGACGUACUAUCUUGUAAAUUAAUUAUUAUUGUCACUGAAAAGCCAUCUUCAGGAAGUGUCAUUAAAGUUCGUAUUGCAUCUUAGGUCAUGCGUCAUGGAUUAAGAUGUUUCUUGAAAUGUUACGUUGGGGGGAAGGGUAGGGGUAUAACUAGUGACUUCAAGUGCUGAGGAGACUCUUUUUUGAUUAUUUGGGGAGGGGGCACUAUAAGCUCCCCAUUUGACCCCACGGCGAAGGUGUGAAAAUACAGCGUAACCAAUGAUUUUCAGCGGUUUUCUCCCAGCACUUGUACUGUGAAACUUGAAAAUGAACAAUAUGUACUUGAAACUGAGAAAUUAAAUGCGUCCAUCUAUCAAGAAGGAGAAAAAAAAAGCGAAAUAUGUUGUUUUAAUUCACCACUUUAGAAAAGAGAGGAAACUGGGCCAAGUUAACUUUCGCAAGGACUUCUGGGACUGUCGCUAGGGACAAGGGAAAAAAUUGGCCAAUAGCUGAUCGCCGCGUCUCCAGUAACAAUCCCAGAAACAAUUUCGAGACAGAUUUCUGCUCCAGUCCCUUUCUCGGUUAUAAAGUGGCAAAUUUCAUGUGCCAUCAAAAUGUUGGAAUAUAUUUUGAGAAAUUUUAGCUCCUUAGCAGUUUUGGUAUUUCAACUAGACCAAUUUCGAUACGUUAAAUUCAUACUUGUCUCGUAGGCUUGGCGGACAGAAAAAAGAGAAAUUCCCUUAAGGUGUAGGGGUGAAUAUUACAUUUCGUUUUAUUCCCCAAGCCUUGAGGCCAAGUUUGAAUAUUUAAACAAAAACAUUAGUCCACUACUGAGAGGACUUUUUGAGAUAACUAAUAUCGUAAAUUAUGUCUAGUAAUUUGGAAAGUCAGGUUUUAGCGGUAAAGUUCUUAAAUCAAGAAUUUUCCUUUUCUUGAUUUUACACUGGAUUAUGUCUUUCCCAGCUUUUUGCAACCAAAUCUCCAUGAUAAUAACACAUUCAAACCUGUGCAGGUUGACCGUUUAAUAAAGGUUUGACCUCCAAACUUAAGGGUUAUUAAAAAAAGGAAGAUGGUGAUGAAAGAGAGAAAUAUCUUUUUCCAACCCCUUUUUGGCUUCAAACUGUCUCUACCUCCACUAGUACCAAAAGAAAGAAAGUAAAAGAAUAGUUAGCGCCUUACAUAGUGCAUCUCCUGCGCUAGUAUGGCAGAUCUUGUCAAAGUGACCAUUAAAUAAAUUAGGCUGAUUUAGCAACAGAACGAGAACGUCAGUUGACGACGGCGCGCGCAAAUUAAAAAACUGGCUUGAUCAAUGGCAGAGCGGCAAGUUGGGCACUGGAAGUCGUGUUUAGUGCUUUCCGCGCGCUUUCCGUCGUCAACUGACGUUACCGUCCUGUUGCUAAAUCAGCGUAAAAAUAUCUCGUUGGGACCUCGGAAAGGUGGCUGCGUCCGAUUAAUAGAGAAGACUGCAGUUUGCAUCAUAUUGUACUUAAUUAAAACCUAUAAUAGGCGACAAAAUGUGUUAAGAAUAUAUCCUCCCCUGAUCCCCUCCAUGCAAUGUUGUGCCGAUGUUCGAGCUACCUAUAGAAAACAACAAACACCCCAACUUUGAAUUGAGGGAACAACGGAGGAGUGUGGAUUCUUUUGUUCUCUGAGGUUACCGUCUUUGGGCACUAUGUCUCAACUAUUUUGUCGCCGAUUGCAGGUAUUCCCAUUACCAAAUGUCAUGAAACUGUUAUUCUUUUAAAUUCUUUUGUCAGGAUUUUUCAGAAGAAGAUGAAUGAUAUAACAAGAGUCAUGAGUAAGAGGGAAGAAUAA